UCCGCCUUAACCGGCGGUCGGAAUUAUUUUGUUGAAGGUAGGUGAAGAAGCCGAACGUGCCUCCGUUCCCAUCGAUGUGUGGAUGAAAGCUCAAGUUAGAAGUAAGGCCAUUUAAACACAAGAAGUCGUCGCCCGGGCGCCUUAGAUAUGGCGUCACGUCGGUACGGUGCUUGUAUCCUCUAUCACAAAGCGGCUGUCGUGAGGAUGAUGUGCAGGGGAAUGAGUACAACUGCACACCCAGAGUCCCAGGUAGAUUUCCUAAAAGGAAAAGUCCACAAGAAGCACCCAGGUGUGACCAACUUAAAAACUCUGCGUCUACCGGAGGAACUGCAGACGGCUGCAUGGUCAAUUAUUCACAGAGCUCAGGUGAAUCGACUGAGUGACCAAUCCCAGAGCCUCACAAACUUCCUGUGGAGCAGAAAACGAGCGAUUGAUGAUUUCACUCUGAGGCAGCAAGCUUUGAGUCUGGAGAGAGAACUCUGGAAAAAGGCGCUGGAGAAGAGUGGAGAAAUAGAUGAACAGAUGGUGGAGGAUCGCAUCAGGAGGAAAGUGAUUUCAGAGCUCAAAAGAACCACAUAUCACUGGACUCCCAUGAAGUACGAUGAAGAGUUGGGUGUGGUGUACAUGGCUGCCCGGCUGGCUGGGGGCUACGCAGCAGUGAGGAGAGCUGUGAAUGAGAUCAAGAAAAGGGAUCCCUCUUUUGCCCCUCAGUCUCUGCUGGAUUUUGGUUCAGGCCUGGGAACAGUUGUCUGGGCGUCACACUCGUGCUGGGGCGACACUUUGAAGGAGAUGGUGUGUGUGGACAGCUCAGGGCCGAUGAACAUCCUGGCAGAGCGACUCCUCAAAGGUGAUGAUGAAACAGCUGAACCUCACAUCAAACACGUCUAUUUCAGACAGUUCCUCCCUGUCUCUCCUAAGGUGCAGUUUGACUUGGUGACAGCUGCCUUCACCCUGUCAGAGCUUCCCAAUGUGCAGGAGCGAGAGGAGGCAGUGUUGACUCUGUGGAGAAAGACGAGCUCGUACCUGGUGCUGGUGGAAAAUGGGACCAAAGAGGGUCAUCAGAUUCUCAUGGAGGCCAGAAACACUUUAUUAACGAAACAGGAGAAGAUUCUCCAUGACACCAGACCACCCUCAGUGUUUGCUCCGUGUCCCCAUGAACUGAUGUGUCCUAAACUGGCCAGCGAACACAUCACACCCUGCAACUUCCUGCAGGUGUACGAACCUCUGCCUCUGCCCAAGCACCAUGGGCACCAGACGGAGAAGUUCAGCUACCUGAUUCUGACUCGGACACAACCAGAGGAAACAGAAGGUGUGGAGUGGGCCAGGCUGAUCGCACCUGUGCUGCGCAGAACGAGACACGUCCACUGUCGAAUGUGCUGCCCAGAUGGACAGCUGGAGCACCUGGUGGUGACGGCGCGGAAACACAGCAGAGAUGUGUACCGCUGUGCUCGGAACAGUGACUGGGGAGAUCGGCUGCCAAUCAUUCCCCAAGUGGAUGAUGACGUCCAGACUGAUUCAGAGUGACGACUGAGCCCAGUUUCAGUUUCCAGACUCGUGUUUUUUACUUUAGUAACAAUAGAACCUGAGAUACGACUGCUGCUGAGACCCAUCAGCCUGUAGUUCAACAGAACGUUUUGGUCUUCUUCCAGGAACAGUUAAAAUACUACUAAUAAAAAGUCACUGUCACCAGG